UUUUGGGAUUGACUGUAUAGCCAAUACAUCCUUAAUCCGCGUUCCUCGUUAAAAAUUGAAGCGCGCAACAUUCGUAAAACGCGCGCCGCGAUCGUCUGCACUCAGUGCACUGUUUCAUGCCAUACUUCAGUGAACGCAUUUGAAUAAACGAUUCGUGGCUUAUCUCAGCUCCGCUGAUAAGAGAAAAACUUGCGAAAUGAACAUCGCAAUAUCUAUCGCGGCUUCGCCCGAGCCGUAUCGAUUGAAAAUUUAGGGCGUUAGGCAUUUAUUUCGGACAAGCAAACUUUCAUCGGGCCACCUACACACGAGCUUUAAUUCUGUCCAAUAAUUGAUAUUAAAAUUGAUACACUCGAUGACGAGAUAGUUACUGCCAAACGGUUUCCUCGAGACUUUGAAAUUCAAAGUUUCUGCUAUUUCCUCACGAGAUGACGCGACGAGUACGCUUCGGCGCUUCGGUGGGUCGCCAUAUUACUGAACGUGCAUCGCUACGCAGUAAGUACACUGGUACUGGUGACGCAUUGUUUGACAAGAGGAAGAAAAGUUUAAUAAUACUUGAACAAUCGUGAAGAGAAAGAUCGACGUGUUCCAAUAUACGAGCAGCUGAAAAAGGAGAAGCGAGGAAGCUAUAGUAGUUUAGAGUCGUAUACCGAAACUCCGACAAUGCCGGACCUGUCCAGCAUAUCCCAAUACCCCUUAAAGGUGAAACGAGAGAGAAGGGGAUUAAAAAUUGGCGCGUAGCGACGUCUGCGAUCUGGCAUAGGCUAGGGUCGCCACUGAUGGAAUACAAGAGUCUCGUCUGUGAGGCGGCGUGGCUCAGUAGUGUGUGUGACCGUUCCGGGAGGAGUGUGGCUCCACGCGCGGCCGCACCGCGAAACCGUGCCCACUCGCCACAACCACGGACGUCCACUAGUUUUCUCGUCUCGUGAAAACAUGGCGGCCAGCGACGACGAGCCGAUGCAUCUCUACGAGGUCUUUCAAAACUGCUUCAAUAAGAUCGCCAACAAGCAUCCCGAAAAAUUAGGCUUCCAGUCGCCGUAUGGCCCUACUAUGGACAACGGAAUGACGUAUGGGGGAGGAACGUACGGUCCGACAGCGGGAGGGCCAGGCGGGGGGCCAGGUGGAGGCGGAGGUGGUGGCGGGGGCGGCGGAAGUGUCGAGGGCAGCACUUACCCCCCUGAAUCCCCUUACUUCCCGUUCGGAAGCAGCCGGUGUGUACCACCAUCCGUGGGGACGCCCACCCCCGCUGCCAACCCCGCGGCACCCACCGGCACCAACGGGACACGGUUACCAAACUCCGCACCUGGCCCCGCCGCCGUGAAGAGAAAGAAGGAUGCCCUCGACGGAGCCGACGGCGAGGUCGUGACGACGCAGCACUGGUAUGGCUCGGAUGAAUUCGGGCAAGACUCCCCUAGAUACACCUCGCCUAAAGCUGCGGCACUUUACGCGGACUCCUAUUAUAUCGAUGGGAACGCCGCAGGUACGGGUGCCGGGGACCCAUGGACGGGAGGGGGCGGUGGCGUUCAGCCCCCAUACAGCGGAUACGCACCACCUCACCUGGCCCAACCGGCUUACCCCAUGCACCUACCCCACGACCCCAUGGCUUACUCGGCGAUGUCGCCGAACAGCGAACCAGCGGCACCGAUUCUGGGCUCGGCGGUGACCAGCGCGGCCUCACUGCCACCGAUGUCGACGUUCCGGGGUGGUAGCGGCGCGGUUGCGGCGAACACCGGGACCGGUGCACCAUCCCCAGCAUCGUUGCAAUACAGUCACAGUCCCGGUGCGCCGACCACCGCGCCUUCGGUUCCCAACCCCGUUGCACCCGCGCCCGCACCCAGCCAGCAACCGACCACCGGGGACAACCUCGGCAAGACCCUCGCCUCUGUAGUAAGCACCAGAAUUUACCCCACGGACCAAUCAGUAUCGAGUUAUAGCAGCAACCCCUCGACGCCGGUCAGUUCACCACCACCGUUAACGGGAUCGGCGCCAGGAUGGGCACCGGGUGCCGCACCGGUCUCGCCACACUUCACCCAGGAUCCAAAUCGUGGAACGAUCCACAUGCCGGCGCCUGAACAGCAGAGGCUAGACGAUGCCAUCGGCUUUCUCCGCGACCACGCCGAGUUGGUACAGGGUACGCGGAUGGAGGAACGGCUGGACGAUGCCAUUAACGUGUUAAGGAAUCACGCGGAGAGCCAACUGGGCCUUCACCUGGGUCCGGUUGGUCCACACGGGUCCCUAUACUCCCACACGUCGCCGCCGCAACUGGAUCACUUGACGAGUCCUCACCCCGCGGUAGCGGUAACGCAACCUCAGGGAUCUUACACCGGUCUCACACCCACGCCCGACACGGACGGAUCUAUUAAAAUCGAAAGGUUACCCGUGACAAAUGCCAAAUACGUCUCUUUAGAAAAGAGAAAGGAUCCGCCGGACAGUAGCGGUGGCGAGACGAAACCCUCGAGCAGCGAACUGGCGGCUGCGGGCGUAAUCGGCGCAGCCACGGUCAACUCGACAUCUCAGGGAAAGGGAACGAAGAGAUCCCGGAGAUAUUGUUCGAGCGCCGAAGACGAGGACGACGAUCCCGACGUGAAGGCGCAAAGGGAGAAAGAGAGGCGGCAGGCGAACAAUGCCAGGGAAAGGAUACGUAUCAGGGACAUCAACGAGGCGUUGAAGGAACUCGGCAGAAUGUGUAUGUCGCAUCUGAAGACGGACAAGCCUCAAACUAAGUUGGGCAUCUUGAACAUGGCCGUCGAGGUGAUCAUGACGCUGGAACAGCAAGUUAGAGAACGAAACCUGAACCCGAAGGCCGCGUGUCUGAAGAGGAGAGAAGAGGAAAAGGCGGAAGAUGGACCGAAACUGCCCGGUCAUCUGGCAGCGCACAUAGCUCACCCCCAUCCUCAUCCACACGCGCACUCUCAGCCACCUUUCUCCGCGAUGCCUGUAAAUACCCCUAUUCGCAAUUUAACGCUUAAGUAUCCGCAUUGAUGCAUGAAAGAGUCGAGUUCUUUGAAUUCGUCGACGGGUGUUCGGCUGGAAAUAUCGGCUGACAGAUCGGAGAGCACGCGCUGCACGAGCACGCCAAGAAACGGUGUCUGGUUUUGGUUUCAACGAACGCCGCCGCCACUUCAACACAAUCCAUCGCAGCCACAGUAGCAGCGGCUCAGCGGCGGCAUGAUCCUGUGUUAAAAGGGGGUAGAUACGGCUUAAACUAGAUAUCCUCCCAAGUGUCGCAGGACUUGGACGUAUGAGAGACACAUAGAAUGGAUAUUAAGCAGUGUGCACGUCUUCUGAACGUAAUUAUCACGUUCUAUCACGGAGGCUUGGUUCGACCCAGUCGAAAGACACAGUUCGAAGGAUACAGCGUGUCCAUGUGGUGAAGCAACGCUGCGCGACGAUAUCCAUAGUUUUCCUUUCAAAGACUCUGGGGAGAGAAGAAAAGAAAGAAUGGAAGGUUGUAUGUCGGUGCGAACCGUUCAAAGGGAGAGAGAAAAUGAAAAAAAAAAACGAAGCGCGUGCUGUUAAGAGGCAUCUACCCCUGUCCCACCCUCCCACUCCCCGAAGGCGGCUUGAAAUUAUUUUUAUAAAUAGCGAGAAGACAAAGGAGUAUGGUUCCUCUCUUUCGAGAUGUAAGAAGCGCGUGUAGUGCGAUCGAGAUUUUAUUAAAGCGAUCGGUUCCCCGGUAGAAGAGAACAGAAAGAAAA